UGAUUAGAGCUACGUUAUUCUUCCCGACCUCUGAAUGCGCAAACGGCAACGACUACGUAACUGAACUAACGCGAUGACGUUGAAUGGAAUAUCCCAGGAAAUAUAUCGCUGGGUCUCAAUUAGAAGUGCACAAAGUCAUUCAAGAUGGUGUUAGGAACUAUCUCCAGGAUGAUCAAAAUACAGCUUCCAGCCUACCUCAAAAAGCUGCCUCUGCCAGAAACGAUCGGAGGUUUUGCCCGACUUACAGUUUCAGAGUGGUUGCGGCUCUUGCCACUGUUAGGCAUUUUGGCUCUUCUGGGUUAUCUGACAAUCCGGCCUUUCCUACCCAAGAAAAAUAAGCAAAGGGACAGCCUGAUCAACCUGAAGAUUCAAAAGGAAAACCCUAGAGUGGUAAAUGAGAUCGACAUAGAGGACCUGAAGAGUACAAAUGUUUGCUACUGCAGGUGCUGGCGAUCUAAAACGUUUCCUGUGUGUGAUAAAUCGCACAUAAAGCAUAAUGAGCUGACUGGGGAUAAUGUUGGUCCACUUAUUCUUAAGAAGAAGAUUCUGUAGCCCCGUUUGACCCAGUGAUGGAGAGAAGUAACCAGUGCGCUGAAGACCACUCACAAUGUUGUUUUCGUUCUCUUCCUUUUUAGACAGUUUUCACCCUACUGUGGUUUUGUUUGUUGUACUUACACAAAACUAUUUCCAUCUUUCAAUUGUUUAGACACAUACAGGUCUAUAAAUUGUGAAUGUAGUGACCUAGAUAUUGUGUCUAAUCUGUUUAAUGAUUACUUUUUGUUAUGUUGUUGUGGUGUGUUUUUUCUUUUACUUGGCAGAUGUAGUUUUAUCUUUGUGUGCUAUAUAACCGACCUUAAAGAAAAAUAGCUGUUUUCAUAGCCAACAGGUCUUGGCCUCAGAAGUGUCAAGUGAAUUCUUGGUAUACAUCUGGAUUUAUGUCUGAAUUUUAAGUUGCCUUUUAAUUUUGCUAUUAUUAUAUGCAAAGCGUGAAAUAGGCCUUUGUGAUAGACACUUUUUUGAGAUCACAUAAUCACACUCCUUUAACUUUCUAUGUGAAGUACUUUUUUAAACGUGUUUGUCAUUUUACACAGGAUUAUACCUAAACCAACAAGAGUUAUAAAAUGUUUGCUAAAUUAUUUUCAUCAAUUUCAAGAUGCCAAAUUAGUGUUUGCAUACCUAUAGCAUUUCACGUUACAUUGCAUUGUAACAGAUGCCUUAGUCAACGCUAUUGUUACACAUUAUUCACAAUGUUUAUCUUAAUGUAACAAAGAAACGUCAAUCUUGAUUAUCUACUUGAACACACAUGCAACAUUACAAUCCAUGUAUGCAUUAAUUCACAUUCAAAGCAGGUUAAGAACUCAAGACGUUGACAAUCCACUGGUUCUCAUAAUGUUCUCUAUUUUAGUUCCAACUGGUUUGUCAUAUUUGAUGGCUCUUGUAGAAGCUCUUGUAAAAGUUACAUUUGUAUGGUAACUGGAAUGUGCUUAAUGAUUUUUGUAAAAUAAAAGUUAAACCGACCAAACUUGUUUUUGUCUCUAUAUUGUAUACCCCCCAUGAUGUGUACAUACCCACAGGACAUUUUAAUAGGUAUAAUACACCUUUUUGCAUUCACAACUGUCUGAAUUCUUUGUGGCGUUGAUUCGAUAAGGUGCCUAGAACAUUGUUCAGAGAUGUGAAUCGUGAAAUGAUAGCAUCACACAGUUACUACAGAUUUGUUGGUUGAACUUUUGUCCUCAAGUGGUUUGAGAUCUUGUGCUUAUAAAGGCAAUAUGAGAACAGUGAAUUCAUUGUCAUCUUCAAGAAAUCAACGAGAUGACAUGCGUUGUGACGUGAACUGUACAUGUGGUGAAUGAAUGGGUAUGGUUGGGAAUAUUCAAGUAGACGGUGGCAUUUAUACAUUGCUCAAUUGGUAAUAAGGGGCCAAGUUUUAAAUAAAUAA